AUGGAGCUCCAGCAUUUAAUUGAUAUAUUUACUAUUCCUGAUCGAACCGUCCGAGAAGAUCAGCUCCGAUGCGUUUCUAAGCAUCAAAAAACUAUAUUUUGUACAAUGUUGGUUAGCGAUCUUGUAGCCAAUGCAUAUCCAAUACUUCCCUCCAUAACAAUCAAUUACGUCGACCACUGCUUUAUUGAUCUUUCCAAAAAAAUUGACUUAAAUGUAGCACUUGAAUGCAUUAAGGCUGUUACUGGAUGGAUUAAAAAUCGGAAAGUUUCCUUUGAUGCUGUCAUUAAUUCAAUUGAAGCAUGUUGGGCAUAUCAAAUCAUAAUAUUUAAUGACUCAAGUGAUGCUGCAUUUCAAGUUGCCGGUGAAUUCCUUAAAAUGACAGCUCUGCUGCUUGAUAUGAAAGCAUUCAACUCACGACAAUUCAUCAAACAAAUUUCAGACCUGGAACUUCUCUUUGCUUCCAACAUUAGUCUUGAAAAAGCUAAAGUUCUCACAAAAAUAUUCGUAGCUUUAGCUGACAAAGUUUUUCAAUGGUCUUCAGAGUAUCCAAAUGAGAUUAACAGACGUUCGGAAGAAAAAGAUCGAAUUAUAACGAUUCUCAUAAAAUGUGCCAGUUCUAAAGCAUGCUGUGAACUGGAGCUUCCAUUUUGGAAGAAACUUCCUACAUACUUAAAGUCCAGUAAAGUUUAUGGACGAUUCAUCGAAGAGCUUAUUUUGUAUUUUGCACUGCAUUGCAAGAUUGUUGACGGCAUUGAAAUGGAAACUAAUAUUAAUAGUGGAUUGAUGACUUUCCGUGAAUCAGUAAUAGAAGUAAUUCAGCAAUUGACAUCAAUCAUGAACACACAAAAUCUCAUAGACUUUUUCUUUAACAUGAUGCCAUUAAGUUCUGCAACUGAUUUUGAAGUUUGUCUAUUUAUCAUCUCAUCGGUAGCUUGGAAAAUUGAAAUUAAUGAUAAUAGAAAUGUCCAAAGUAUCAUUGAGUAUGUCCUGCAAGUUGACAUUAAUUCUCAUGCCUCAAUUUUGGCAAUAGCUGCAAAACUUUUAAACAAUUUUGAUCGCUGGAUAUCCUAUUUUCAUCAGACAUAUCUUCUUAGAACUUUAACUUUUUUGGUGGACAUAAUUAGAAGGGGAACAAUCGCAAGUUCAGAAGCAGCAACAGCAUUAGGACGAAUUUUUUCAGAAUGCAGAACUAAAAUGGAACCGUACCUGAAUGAAAUGAUUUUAAUCUUCCAAAACCUUAAUUUUUAUUUUGUUCAUUCCAAAGCCAAAUUGGAAAUCACGAAAGGAAUUACUCGCAUCGGUUGCAGCUUAAAGGAACCAAAAAGAACUGAAUUUUUGAUGCUAUUCAGUGACAUUCAAUUAAAUAGAGUUUUUGAGGCACGAACGACUGGAAAUUUUAUUAUUCAUCAAUUAGACUGCUUGACUGAAAUUUAUCAUAACAUUCAUGUUUGUACAGUUCAUAAUGAAGUCAAUCCAAUGGACUUAAUUCUCGUCAAUCACUGGCCCCACAUUUGUAGCGUACUUGAUGCUUAUCAAGCUGAUUGUGAAGUUAUGCCUAAAAUUAGUGAAGUAAUCGAGUGCAGCAUACCAAAUGUUAGCUUAUCAGCACUUCCGCUGUUGGAUCAAAUAACAAAACAAUUCAUGCUUUAUUUUGGUAUAUCGAAAUGCCCUUUACUGUUGAGACCGUUGAAUGCGAUUGUUGAUAAACUUGGCAAAUACGAGAAAUUUACAGAUGGACUGUUGACUGUUUUUGAAGGAACUACUUUGCUGGUGUUGAAUGCUUUACAUGACGAAAUGAAGCUUAAACUUGUUGAUGAAUAUUUCUACUUGGCAGCUGCUUACUUUAAGAAAUUGGCAGUAAAGUUGUUGAAGAGUCCGAUGAUUAUUAAAGUCAUUGAGCUGUCCAUAGAAUUGUGUAAAAUUAAUGAUAAAUCCUCGAAUGGAUAUGUUCUUGACUUCCUGAUAUGCAUCUUUACUUGCAAUGAAAUUCAUCCAGACAUCAAGCUUUGCGUAGAGCAAGCAAUGACUGUAUUUGGUGAUCGAAUUAUUGGAACUUUAUUGGAAUCGGCAGUUUAUGUCUUUGAUAUCACCUUGAUUGUAAAGGUUGUAAACAUUUUUGAUGCCUUCAAGACUAAAAGUAAUGCUGGAUUUAAAGAAUUGAUGGUCGUGGCACUUAAAAAAAUUUCAAAUAAGAGCUCAACAGGGAUUUUGAAGAUUCAAGAAUCGGAUGUGACUAAAUUUUUGGAUUUAAUGACAAGAGAGAAAAUGUCAAAAUCGGAAAUGAUAAAUGGAAUCACAGAGUUUCGGAAAUUGAUGCGUGGAUAAAUCAGACAAAUACAAAUUAUUAAAGUAAAUAGAUUAUUAUCUAUAUUAGCAUUUUUUAUCAUUUAU